GAAGUUUUAGAAGUGCAAUUUAAAAAAGCACACGAAUCGAAUACAGAAAUAAAUGGGUUAGAAAAUGAGCUAAAAGCACUAGAAUAAACUAUAUUUGAUGUAUUUAUUAGUGAUGAUUAUAAUCUUCAUAUGAUAAAAUAGCAUAAUAUUGAAAAAUUUUAAGAUUUAGGAUAAUUUAUAGGUUAUUUCUACUUUUUAUUAUCUAAAUCUAUUAUCUAUGAUGGAUGGCAUACUUUUCACUGCGUGUAAUGUAUGCAGUUUGUGACUAAAAAUAAAGUAAAAGUGCUAAAAUAAAUCCAAAAUUACUUAAACUUAUAAGAAAAAAUAUAUAAUCUUAAGUUAAUUUAAUGA